AUCUCUAUUCAAUCCAAUACUUCUUCUUCUUUAUCCAUUCUUGAUAAACUAACAAAUGAUAAUCAUUAAAGAUGACAACAACCACUACAAAAAAAAGACAUAAAAUAGUAUUAAUAUUACGGCGAUUUUGUAAAACUGUUGUAAUAUCUGGAUAUUAUGACAUUUUUUAUUAUUGUCAUAAUUGAAUUGCAUUUAAUGGUGGUUUUUGUUAAUUCUGAUAGUUUUAAAAUGCCAUUAUCACUGCUAUAUAAAAAAAAGUUAACCCUAAUCAAAUUCUCAUUUUCCAUUGAAACACAAAGGUUGAAUCGUUGCCACAGUGAUUUUUUCUGUGACGAUCUCCUUUGACCAAUCUCCUCCGACAAUGACAUCCUUUAACCGAUCUCCUCCGGCGAUGACCUCCUCCAACGACGAUCUCAUUCAGCGACAUCUUCCUCAGCGCUGAUCUUCUCUGGUGACCUCUCCUCCAAUGACAAUCUCCUCCUGCGACGGUCUCCUCCGGCAACAUCUCCUAUUGCGAUGAUCUCCUCUGGUGGCAUUCUCCUAUGCCGGCAAUCUCGCCCAUCUAGUUACUGUGCUCUGAGAUUCUCCUCCCACAAGCUCGCGAGAUCAAGUGAAGAGUUGAAAUCACAAGACAUAGAGGAAUCAUCCUUAGGAUAUUCUAAAUGCGUUUAACUAACUGCGGUUUCAUUUCUACCUUUCAAGGCGAGUGGUGCUAUCAAGAAUUGUAUGGACUCGAUUCAUGUGAAGUUAGUUGUGUUCAUAUAUUAGUCUUCUUUAACAGGGCAACCUGAAUUGGGAUGGCUAUUGUUCUUGUGGACGUGGAAAAUUAAAAAAUUGUGAUGUGUUAAUUUCUUUCAUUCAUAUGUUCAUGAUCAAGCAAAAUAUAUUUUCAUGACAACACAACAAGGUAGGAAUUGAGCACAUCGAAUAUCAAUACACGUUUUAGGAACAAAAGCAAGUGAAACGAAUAAAGUUUCUCAAUCUCAAUUCUUUCACAGGAAAAUAAAGGUUUAAAUUCCAUCUAUUGAAUUGAGCAAGUCAAAUUGAAAUAUAGCUAUUUACUUGCUGUUGAUAUACAGAGUUUAUGUGCCUUCAGUUCUUCUAUUGGAGCACUAUUAUGAUUCUCCAUUAGUGUUAUCUUUGUUCACCUUAUAGGCCCUAUGGGAGUGUUUGGUUUGAUGACUAUCCCAUUUGGACUUCUAAUCUUGCUUGGUUUUCUACUUGACAAACCCCAUACGCAUGACUUUUCCUACAGACAGUUAGUUAGCAAGGAACUCGAAGAAUUCUUGAGGCUUGAAAAAAAAAAGCUCGAAAACUUAUCCCCCUCCUCAGAUCUUCCACCAAAUUUGGUAAAGAAAUUGAAGGAAAACCAUUCGUGGUUCGUUGAUUUGCUCUUGCGCUUCAAGCCACCAAGUCAGAAGCCAAAGGAAGCUUUGAACUCGAAGAAGCUGAAAAUUGGAUUUCACAAGCUCACAGUUAAACCUGAGCUCAAAGAUAAAGCUCUUCAGAUUAACUCCUACUUGCUACUAGAUGAGGUUCAAUCAUACAUACUUAUAGAAAGGUCCAUUAAAAAUAACAGUGUGGCUCCUAGUUUGAUGUUUUCAGAGUUUCUUCACAUGGUUAGUGUCAUUUAGUCCCCUACCUACCAUCCUUUAUAACAUAGAUGUAGUUAGAUGCUGACUUUGACAGUGGCCAAUUGUUGCGCAAUUAACUUUAUUAAAUUGUGUGAAGUCAUAAGCGGAAGGAUUCUCUAAAAUUACUUUUUUGUUUGGCUAUUGUGUAAUAAUUGAUUUUUUUUUAUCAUGGUUGUUGUUGUUUUAUAAACUGAAGAUACCAGGUUCGGUUUCCCACAGUAGCCAUUUUGGAAUUAUUUUUAAA